AUGGAUAGACUCGACAAAAGUUCACCCACAUUGGGACUCCCAAUAGCCUUCCAUGGCACGAUAAUCCAUUCCCGAAGUCUAAAUGAUCUCGAAACACUUGAAAACUGCUUUCUGUUGGUAGAUAAGACCGGCAAGAUCCAAGCAUUACAAGCAGGAGUCGACCCUAAAGAAAUCAACGACAUCAUUUCAGACCUGGGAUACGCACCAGAUGUGUUUCCCGUCAAGUGUCUGGAACGCGGGCAAUUCCUAUGUCCCGGCUUCGUGGACACCCACAACCAUGCGCCGCAGUGGGCCCAACGCGGAGUCGGUCGUGGAAAGACACUGCUGGACUGGUUGAAUGACGUUACCUUUGCGCAUGAGGCAAAAUUCGCCGAUCCAGCUUAUGCUAAGCGCAUGUACUCUUCUUGUGUAUCAGGUUUCCUGCAACAGGGCAUCACGACGGCAUCGUACUACGGAUCACUGCACGGAAAAGCAACACAGAUCCUGGCCGAUAUCUGUCUGGAGAAAGGACAGCGUGCUUUGGUGGGGAAGUGCAAUAUGAAUCGCAAUUCACCCGACUGGUAUAGGGAUUCAUCGGUCGAGGAUUCUCUGUACCAGACUCGAGCGUUGAUUCAACAUAUUCAGAACAUCGACCCGGACAGCAAACUCGUGCGCCCGAUCAUUACUCCCAGAUUUGCUAUUUCCUGCGAGCCAGAGCUGCUCAAUGGGCUGGGGGCGAUUGCAAAAGAGAAUCCCGACUUACCAAUCCAGACGCACUUUAACGAAGCGAAGGGAGAAAUGCUUUUCACAAAAGAGCUGUUUCCCGAAUUUCGCACCGAGACAGAACUUUAUAAGUCCUACGGGUUAUUGAAUGACCGCUCGAUCCUCGCACAUUGCAUCUUUUUAGAAGAAGAGGAAAUGGAAGCACUUCGCGAACUCCGUUGCGGUGUGGCACAUUGUCCCAUUUCGAACACGACCAUGGACUAUUUCAUGGUGGCACCGAUACGCGAGUAUCUCCGACGGGGUAUCAAAGUUGGGUUGGGAACUGAUAGUGGAGGUGGUCACUCCACAUCUAUGCUGGAGAUCAUGAGGCAGGCAUUUGUGGUUUCAAUCGCCCGACAAGACGCUACCCAGGGCCAAGACCCUGCACUGACCCUUUUUGAAGGUUUUUUCCUGGCCACGCUGGGCGGGGCUCAGGUUUGUGGCUUAGAGGAUAAGAUAGGGAAUUUUGCCGUUGGCAAGGAAUUCGAUGCCCUUGAGGUUCAUUGUGAUGAGGAGAAUGUGGGAGUGAUGACUCCCAUUGAAGACAAGGAUCCGGUCUCCGUGAUUUUUGAGAAGUGGAUCAUGACUGGAGAUGAUAGGAAUAUUGCGAAGGUCUAUGUGAGCGGGCGCUCCGUGAAAGUAUAG